AUGGACAUUCUGGCCAGCGCGGGCGUUGAGGAACCCGCCACGUCCAUCGACGCCUGCACGAGCGACGGGUUUCAUUUAAACAAUGGCGUGCAUACUUCGGGCGGAAAAGGGGUGAUACUGGUGGGCGGCGAAGCGUUUCUGUGGCAGCCGUGGAUGCCUACAACUACUGGUGCUGCCGCUACCGAUGCGGCUUCCUAUCCCGGGAAUGCUGCAAGCAAGACGAGCGGAAGCGGAAGCGGAAGCGGAGAACACAAAGGCUUUACGGUGUUCCUCGACCCCCGCGGGAUGUUGAACUUCCCGCCGUCGACUCUCGGCCUUCUCUCACUCCUCUAUCCCAAACCAGAUCUCCUCCUCAUCGGCACGGGUCGCAAAUUGUGGAUGCUCUCUCGCGAAACGAGGAGAUAUCUGUCCGAGGAACUGGGCAUCAAGGUCGAUGUCAUGGACACGCCCAACGCGGCUGCCGCGUACAAUUUGCUGGUUAUGGAGCGAGGGGUGGAGGAAGUAGGUUCGAUUUUGAUACCGGAAGGAUGGAGAGGACGGUAG